AUGAUCUCCCAACUCUUCUCUCCCUACGGAGCUUAUUUCCUGCUGGCUCUGCUGGCCGCCUAUUAUGUGGUCCCCUACCUGCAGCUCUGGCGUCUUCGCGAUAUUCCCUCCCCCAGUGUCGCGGGCUUCACCCACCUCUGGUUGUUCCUACAGGCUCGCAAGGGGCAUCGCUUCCUGUCCGUGCAUGAAGCCCAUAAGGCCAAGGGCAAAGUCGUUCGCAUCGCCCCCAGACAUGUCUCUAUUGCCGAUGAUGCUGCCAUUCCCUUAAUCUACGGUCAUGGAAAUGGCUUCCUGAAGGCCGAUUUCUAUGAUGCUUUUGUUUCCAUCCGUCGUGGUCUAUUCAACACUCGCGACCGCGCGGAACACACCCGGAAGCGAAAGACUGUCUCUCAUACCUUUAGUACGAAGUCUAUUGGGCAGUUCGAGCAGUACAUCCAUGCGAAUGUUGAGCUUUUCGUCAAGCAGUGGAACCGCAUCUCCGACACGCAACGGAAUCCCAAGAAUGGCUAUGCGACCAUCGACGCUCUUCAUUGGUUCAACUACCUCGCCUUUGACAUCAUCGGUGACCUGGCUUUCGGAGCCCCCUUCGGCAUGAUCGAUAAGGGGCAGGAUAUCGCCGAGGUGCGCAAGACGCCGGACUCGCCGCCCUCCUACGUUCAAGCUGUCGAGGUCCUCAAUCGUCGCGGAGAAGUCUCCGCCACGCUUGGUUGCUUCCCGUCCCUGAUCCCCUUCGCUAAGUACUUCCCCGACCGUUUCUUCAAAGACGGCUUGCAGGCUGUCGAGAACCUGGCCGGUAUUGCGAUCGCCCGCGUCAACGAGCGUCUCCGACCCGAAGUUAUUGCCAACAACACCCGCGUGGACCUGCUGGCCCGUCUCAUGGAAGGCAAGGACAGAAAUGGCAACAAGCUGGGCCGGGAGGAGCUGACCGCUGAGGCCUUGACUCAGUUGAUUGCCGGCUCAGAUACCACGUCCAACACCUCUUGUGCCAUCCUCUACUGGUGUCUGCGCACCCCGGGCGUGAUUGACAAGUUACACGAGGUCCUGGACGAGGCCAUUCCAAAAGACGUUGACGUUCCCACUCACUCCAUGGUGAAGGACAUUCCCUAUCUUCAAUGGGUCAUUUGGGAAACUAUGCGUAUCCAUAACACCUCCGCCAUGGGUCUCCCUCGUGAAAUUCCCCCCGGUAGCCCCCCCAUCGAAAUCUCUGGCCACAUCUUCUACCCUGGCGACGUAGUCGCCGUCCCCAGCUACACUAUUCACCGCUGCCAGGAGAUCUGGGGUCCCGACGCCGAAGAAUUCGUCCCUGAACGCUGGGAUCCCGCACGUCUCACCGCGCGGGCAAAGGCCGCCUUCAUACCCUUCAGCACAGGUCCUCGCGCUUGUGUCGGCCGCAAUGUGGCCGAAAUGGAACUACUUGUGAUCUGUAGCACGGUAUUCCGGUUAUUCGACUUCGAGUUGCAGCAGAAGGGUCCCAUGGAGACAAGAGAGGGCUUCCUGCGUAAACCUGUGAGAUUGCAAGUUGGUUUGAAGAGGAGAGCUAUCGCUUAG